AACUUUUCUCUCCGUCUAAGUUUGGACGCACAGGGCCGUAUACACACCCCCUACAAGUAAAGUGACAACUUGCGGAACUCGCGAAUCUUUACGAAUCAAAAUAUAACCUAUAAUAAUUAAAGACAUAGCGUCGGCUGCAGCUGCAGAGUAGGUUUCUGAUCUACAAACAAAUACCGAGUGUACAAGCUCGUAAAAUAAACAAAUACGAUAAUGUGAUCGUAUUUACAUAAUUAAUACAGUAUUAAUUUGCAUGAAGUGAAAAAGAAUAGUGAAACCAUGACGGCGUGCGAAUUAAACCAAAUAUUCGUUGGAGAAGUUGCAUCCGUACAAAAUUAUGGGGCGUUCGUCAGAAUACCGGGUUGUAAACAACAAGGUUUGGUGCAUAAGUCACAGGUAAGCUCAUCUCAUGUUGAUGAUGUUGCUGAAGUCUUGAAUAGAGGAGACAAGAUUUGGUGUAAAGUUAUAUCGAUAGCUGAUGAUGGGAAAAUAGCCUUAUCGAUGAAAUUAGUUAAUCAAGGUAAUGGCAAAGAUUUGGACCCAAACGGAGUACAAUUGCAAUUAGACGAGCAAAAAAAGAAACGAUAUGAUCCAAAAGCUGAAAGAAAAGCUAUUGAACUUGGUGCUGUUUAUAAAACUGUUUGCUCACAAUGUAAAACUCCUGGUCAUAUUGCUAAAUAUUGUUUUACCAAACCUGGUGGCAAGACGUAUGAUUUAUUGCCUUCUGAAGAGGAAGAAGAGGUAAUGCAGGUAGUACCAAAAACACAAAAAAGUUUGCCUCCAAACACAGAGUUAGAACAUGAAGUAGAACCAUUGAGAAAAGAAAAAGAAACUAAAGAAAAAAAACACAAAUCUAAAAAAUCAAAAAAGAGAAAGAAAAGCAAGAAACAUGAUGAUUCAGACAGUGAUGAAAGCGAUGAUGGUGAGAAAAGCAAAAAGAAAAAGAAAAAGUCUAAAGAACAAAAAAAAAAGAAGAGGAAACGUAAGUACAGUACAAGUGAUAGUGAUUCAUCUGACUCUAGUGUAUCUAGCCAUGAAAAUAGAAAGAGGUCUAAAAAAUGUAAGCAUUCUAAAGCAAAACACUCUGAUUAAGUUAAUUAUCUUAGUAAUAAAUUUGUGUAUAGUAUAAUUUAUGCAUUUAUAUUGUGAUCUUGAGAUUGUAUAAAGUAAUUUGAAUAAAUUUUUAACAUAGA